CGGUAUUUUUGGUGCCUUUUCCCGUGGUUGGCCAGCAGGCUUUCCUCACUUUAGCUCAUCGAAUCCCCUCCACAGCCUGUUUGACAGAUGAGGAAACUGAGGCUUGGAAAAGGGAAGUGACCUUCUCAAGACCCUCCAGCCUGGGCUGGUUGAGGUAUCUGAGCACCGACCACAUGCCAGACACUGGAAUGGAAUUCAGACAAAAAACCUCAGCCCUCCUAGAACAGGCAAAAACGACCCAGAUGUGGAAAUAGAGGCCCAGAGAGGCUUAAAGCUUGCCUGGGGUCGCGCAGCCUGGACACUACAGAGCUGACAUUUGAACUGGGAGAAGAGCCAGCCAAGAGCAGACUGGGCAGAGGGGAGGUGAGCGGUGGCCUGAGAGGCCCUGAGCUCGCCGCAGGCCCAUCCUUGCCGCCAUGAAGCUGAACGAGCGCAGCCUGGCCUUCUAUGCCACCUGCGACGCGCCGGUGGACAACGCCGGCUUCCUGUACAAGAAGGGCGGCCGGCACGCGGCCUACCACCGGCGCUGGUUCGUGCUGCGUGGGAACAUGCUCUUCUACUUCGAGGAGCCGUCCAGCCGCGAGCCCGUGGGCGUCAUCAUCCUGGAAGGCUGCACUGUGGAGCUCGUGGAGGCCGCCGAGGAGUUCGCCUUCGCCGUGCGCUUCGCGGGGGCCCGGGUCCGCACCUACGUCCUGGCCGCCGAGAGCCAGGCCGCCAUGGAGGGCUGGGUGAAGGCGCUGUCGCGGGCUAGCUUCGACUACCUGCGGCUGGUGGUGCGCGAGCUGGAGCAGCAGCUGGCCGCCAUGCGGGCGGGGGGCGGCCCGGCGCCGCCACGCCGGCCACGCGCGCUCCUGCCCAAGGAGAACGGCUGUGCCGUCUGGACCACCGAGCCCCCCGCCGCCUCCGCGGGUGCCGCUGCCCGGGCCCGGCCUGGCCCUGCGCCCCCGCCGCUGCCGCCCCGCCGGCGGGCCUCAGCGCCCAACGGGCCUCUCGACGCGGCCUCCUUCUCCCAGCUGCACGAGCGGUACGGGCAGGAGGUCCGGGCCCUGAGGAGCCAGUGGCUCAGGAGCCGGGCCCAGCCCUGA